AUGAAGUCUAUUUCCAUCGCUGUACUCUUCCUCGCGGCCCACGUUUCGGCCCAAUUCGCAGCAUGGCCCAAGCCGACGUCCACGCAAAAGGUUCCCAAAACGAUUGAAGUGAAAGCCGGCACUGUCUUCGAUGGCAAAAUGGAGCGCUACGUCUCCGCCUUUACCGAUGGUGGCGUAGAAGAAGGACAGCCACCAAUGUUCCUACUGGGUGACGGUGCCACCAUCCAAAAUGUAGUCCUUGGAUAUCCAGCGGCCGAUGGAGUCCACUGCAACGGCAGCUGCAAGAUCGAGAAUGUCUGGUGGGAGGAUGUCAGAGAUGACGCUGCUACCUUCUUGGGAGAAAAGAAUGCUGUGUACAGUGUGACUGGUGGAGGUGCGCAGAAAGCGCAUGACAAAGUCUUCCAGCACAAUGGAGGAGGCACCUUGACCAUCAAGAACUUCCAAGUAAGUGCCUUCAAGGAGAAAUUCAACACUCUUUCAGGCAGAAGACAUCGGAAGACUCUACCGUUCUUGCGGUAACUGUUAUAUCAAUGGAAAGUUCGACCGUCACGCCAUCAUAGAUAACGUUAAAGUUACCGGGCCUUGUCUCUCCUUGGCCUGUGUCAACGGAAAUUAUGGGGACAGCGCUACUCUGACGAAUGUGCAAAUCUCCGGAGCUGUAACCUCAAUCUGCCAAGAUACCGUAGGAAAUAACAAAGAGACCCUUCCACCGGUCAAACACCUAUAUGUUCCCGGCCAAGAUGGCGAUGGAAAGGUUUGCAACUUCAAGAAAACCGACGUGAAGAAGUUUUGA